UUAGAACACGAGACUCUAAGCUUAUUGGAGGGCAAGCCUGCUUUACGGCUCAAGGCCGCUUUUUACGUCAUUUUCCGGCUUCCCAUUCACUUCGCAGUGAAGAUGGCGUCCGGCAGUGGGACGAAAAACUUGGACUUUCGCCGAAAGUGGGACAAAGAUGAAUAUGAGAAGCUUGCCGAGAAGAGGCUCACGGAAGAGAGAGAAAAGAAGGAUGGAAAACCAGUGCAGCCAGUCAAAAGGGAGCUCCUCCGGCAUAGAGACUACAAGGUGGACCUGGAAUCCAAGCUUGGGAAGACAAUUGUCAUUACUAAGACCACACCACAAUCAGAGAUGGGAGGGUAUUACUGCAAUGUCUGUGACUGUGUUGUGAAGGACUCCAUCAACUUCCUGGAUCACAUUAAUGGAAAGAAACAUCAGCGAAAUCUGGGCAUGUCUAUGCGUGUGGAACGUUCCACCUUGGAUCAGGUGAAGAAACGUUUUGAAGUCAACAAGAAGAAGAUGGAAGAGAAACAGAAGGAUUAUGAUUUUGAGGAAAGGAUGAAGGAGCUCAGAGAAGAAGAGGAAAAGGCCAAAGCCUACAAGAAAGAGAAACAGAAGGAGAAGAAAAGGAGGGCUGAGGAGGACUUGACAUUUGAGGAGGAUGAUGAGAUGGCAGCUGUGAUGGGCUUCUCUGGCUUUGGUUCCACCAAGAAGAGUUACUGAGGCUUUCUAUGCUUGGCCCUUUGCUAACUUUGUGUGUGAGGGGGGGUCAUUUUUUUCCGGGGUACUUGGGAAAGUCCUUAAGAGUGGCAAUGGGGAGGGCUCGAGGGUGGGUGUUUGUGGUUUCCCUCUACUUUGGGAAAGAGCACAGGAUGCAGAGGAAACGCUGUGGCAUGUUCCUUCAGCCUCAGUAUGUCACUGGAGUCACAGGACCUCUGCCUGAGUUCCCAAUAUAAACCUCUUCUGAGGCUGCUUUCCCUAAACUCCCCCUGCAUCUUUCCCUCUUCAUCUGUCCAACCUCUUACCUGAGCAUACUACAUUGAUCCUGUGUUCUCCCUUUGUUUUAAUUUUGACUCUUGGCUUAGCCUGCAGCAGAAAGGUUCUCUGGGUCCCCAGUUUCCAGUUGCUAGCAUAUUUUUGACCAGCCUUCUAUCCCCCUCAACCCCCUCUGGUUUUCUGCCACCUGUGCAUGCAUGUGUAUUUCUGCCUGGGUCUGGUAUGUGCGGGCGUGUGUGCAUGAAUUUGUCACAUAGGGGGAGCCUGAGCUAGAACCUCAGAGCAUUGCUGCCUUGGGGCCUGAUGUUCUUGGCUCCUUCAGUGCAUGUAACAGGAAAUUAAAUGGGACGAGUGUUUGGUGUGGUUUUUGUCUGGUGAGUUUUUUAACCUUUGUUCUUCAUAUGUAGACUGUUGAGCGUUUCCUGUUUGUUUCAUUUUAUUGAGGAUUACUCUUUUUUUUCUUCCUUGUGAGCAGGCUCUUGGAAGAACCUGUUUGAUGCAAAAAAGAAAAAGGAAAAAAAACUUCAUAUGGGAGCCCUUGGGUCUCAGAGACUGUUCAACAUGUAUAAUAAAUGGCAUUGACUGGGCCUAUUCACA